AGCCCCGCGCGGACUCAUUCCAUGAUGUCCCUGUCGGUGCGGCCGCAGCGCCGCCUGCUCAGCGCCCGGGUCAAUAGGAGCCAGUCCUUCGCAGGCGUCCUCGGCAGCCACGAGCGGGGGCCCAGGAGCUUCCCGGCCUUCAGUCCCCCGGGGCCUCCACGGAAGCCCCCAGCGCUCUCCCGAGUAUCCAGGAUGUUUGCCGUGGCGCACCCAGCCCCCAAGGUCCCGCAGCCAGAGCGGCUGGACCUGGUAUACACUGCGCUCAAGCAAGGCCUGACGGCUUAUUUGGAAGUACACCAGCAAGAGCAAGAGAAACUCCAAGGGCAGAUAAGGGAAUCCAAGAGGAAUUCCCGCCUGGGCUUCCUGUAUGACUUAGACAAGCAAGUCAAGUCCAUUGAACGCUUCCUGCGACGGCUGGAGUUCCAUGCCAGCAAGAUCGAUGAGCUAUAUGAGGCAUACUGUGUCCAGCGGCGUCUCCGGGAUGGUGCCUACAACAUGGUCCGUGCCUACAGCACUGGGUCCCCAGGGAGCCGUGAAGCCCGGGACAGCCUGGCCGAGGCCACUCGGGGGCAUCGAGAGUACACAGAGAGCAUGUGUCUGCUGGAGAGUGAGCUGGAGGCACAGCUGGGAGAGUUCCAUCUCCGGAUGAAAGGGCUAGCUGGCUUCGCCAGGCUGUGUGUGGGUGAUCAGUAUGAGAUCUACAUGAAAUAUGGGCGUCAGCGCUGGAAACUACGGGGCCGCAUUGAGGGUAGUGGAAAGCAGGUGUGGGACAGUGAGGAAACCGUCUUUCUUCCUCUGCUCACGGAAUUCCUGUCCAUCAAGGUGACAGAGCUGAAGGGCCUGGCCAACCAUGUGGUUGUAGGCAGCGUCUCCUGUGAGACCAAGGACUUGUUUGCCGCCCUGCCUCAGGUUGUGGCUGUGGACAUCAAUGACCUCGGCACCAUCAAGCUCAGCCUGGAAGUCACAUGGAGCCCCUUCGACAAGGAUGACCAGCCCUCAGCUGCUUCUACUGUCAACAAGGCCUCCACAGUCACCAAGCGCUUCUCAACCUAUAGCCAGAGCCCACCAGACACACCCUCGCUUCGGGAGCAGGCCUUCUAUAAUAUGCUGAGGCGGCAGGAGGAGCUGGAGAAUGGGACAGCAUGGUCCCUAUCAUCCGAAUCUUCAGACGAUUCAUCCAGUCCACAGCUCUCGGGCACUGCCCGCCACUCCUCAGCCCCAAGGCCCCUGGUGCAGCAGCCUGAGCCUCUACCCAUCCAAGUUGCCUUCCGUAGGCCUGAGACCCCCACCUCUAGGCCCAUGGAUGAGGAGGGAGCCAUGGCCCCAGUCCUGGCCAACGGGCAUGCCCCCUACAGCCGGACUCUGAGCCACAUCAGUGAGGCCAGUGUGGAUGCUGCCUUGGCUGAGGCUUCAGUAGAGGCAGAGGGCCUGGAAAGCCAGGGACCUAACCUGCCUGCACACCCAAAUCCCACCCAUGGGGAGCAUCCUGGUCCUGUCCCUCCUGCCCAGGACCCUGACCAUUCUGCCACAAGCCCCUCUCUCAGUGCAAUAGGCCUUGCCCACACAUCUAUAGACCCUGCCCCAUCUGUACAUCUAAACUCUCUUCACAAGGCCUCAGACUCUAGGUCUCCAGAAUUGUCAGGUCCCACCCACACCACUACAAGCUCCACCUGUAGUGCUCCAAGCCUCACUCACACUGCCAUAGGCUCUACCCACAAGCCCAAGCCCUCUACCCUCACUGCUACCAGCCCUACCCCCAGUGCCAUGGGCCCAGACCAGACCAUCACAAGUCCCACCCACAAGCCAAUGCUUUCUACCCUCACUACUGCAGGUCCUACCCCCAACACUACAAGCCCAGUCCAGACCACAAGCCCUAGCCACACUGUCACAAACCUGACAAAUAUUGUCAUAAGCCCCACUGUCAAGCCCAUACUCUCCACCCCCACUACUACAGGCCUUACGCCAAGUACCCAGGGCCAAGGCCAGCCUACCACAACUCCCACCCAUACCACCUCAAGCCCCACCCAUACCACCUUAAGCCCCACCCAUACCACCUCAAGCCCCACCCACACUACCACAAGCCCUACUCAUAAAGCCAGUGUAUCAACUCUCACCACUAUUAGUCCAACCACCAAUGCUAAGGACCCAGUACAGACCACAAGCAGCUCCAUCCACCCUGUCACAAGCCCCACCCUUACAACUGUAAGCCCUUCCACAUCUCUAGACCUUGCCACACUCCCCAGCCCCUCUACACACACAGACUCCAACCCACUGUCCUGUAGCCAUCCAGCUUCCACUCCCUGCACUCAGGCAGACCCCAUAGUCCCAAGCACCUCCUACCCAAGUCCUGCCUCCAGUUGGGAACCCCUUACAAACCCUUCUCUAGACCCCCCAGAGCCCAUCCUUCAGAUCCCAAGCCCCCCUCCCUCACCCUUAGCCCCUGUGCCCCAGCAUUCAGACUUGAGCGUGGCCAUGACUGCCCAGGCCCCAGUUCCAGGAGCAGCUGGAGGGGCUGGAGACAGGAGGCUGGAGGAGGCACUGGGAACCCUAAUGGCUGCCCUGGAUGACUAUCGUGGCCAGUUCCCAGAGCUCCAGGGACUGGAGCAGGAGGUGAUCCGGCUGGAGAGUCUGCUCAUGCAGAGACAAGGCCUGACUCGCAGCCGGGCCUCCAGUCUUAGCAUCACUGUGGAGCAUGCCCUGGAAAGCUUCAGCUUCCUCAAUGAGAAUGAAGAUGAAGACAAUGAUCGUCCUGGAGACAGGCCCCCAAGCAGCCUGGAGCCUGGGGCUGAGGACAGCCUCAACUCACCCAGUGCCAGCCCCCUCAGCACAGAGUGUCCAGCUCUGGACACUGCCUUGGUCCAGCACCUGUACUACUGCAGCCGCCUCCUGCUGAAACUGGGCACAUUUGGGCCCCUGCGAUGCCAGGAAGCAUGGGCCCUGGAGCGGCUGCUGCGGGAGGCCCGAGUGCUCGAGGCAGUAUGCGAGCUUAGCAGGCAAUGGGAAGUCCCUGCUACUUCUGCCCAGGAAGUGGUGCAGUUCUCGGCCUCUCGGCCUGGCUUCCUGACCUUCUGGGACCAGUGCACAGAGGGACUUAGCCCCUUCAUCUGCCCUGUGAAGCAGGUGCUCCUCACCUUCUGCAAUCAGUAUGGUGCCCGUCUCUCCCUGCGCCAGCCAGGCUUAGCUGAGGCUGUGUGUGUCAAGUUCCUGGAGGAUGUGCUGGGGCAGAAGUUGCCCAGGAGGCCCCAGCCAGGCCCUGGAGAGCAGCUCACUGUCUUCCAGUUCUGGAGUUAUGUGGAAACCUUGGACAGCCCCUCUAUGGAGGCUUAUGUGACCGAGACUGCUGAGGAGGUGUUACUGGUGCAGAAUCUGAACUCAGAUGAUCAGGCUGUUGUGCUCAAGGCUCUAAGGUUGGCACCUGAGGGGCGGCUGCGAAGGGAUGGGCUUCGGGCCCUCAGCUCCCUCCUUGUCCAUGGCAACAACAAGGUCAUGGCUGCUGUCAGCACCCAGCUCCGGAGCCUGUCGCUGGGCCCUGCCUUCCGGGAAAGGGCUCUACUGUGCUUCCUGGACCAACUCGAGGAUGAGGAUGUGCAUAUGAGAGUGGCCGGCUGCCUGGCCCUAGGCUGCAUCAAGGCUCCUGAGGGCAUUGAGCCCCUGGUGUACCUGUGCCAAACAGACACAGAAGUCGUGAGGGAAGCUGCUCGGCAGAGCCUGCAACAGUGUGGGGAAGAGGGACAGUCAGCCCAUCGACGGCUAGAAGAGUCACUGGACGCCCUGCCCCGAAUCUUCGGGCCUGGCAGCAUGGCCAGCACAGCAUUCUAAAUUCCCCACCCACUGGCUCUCAGUGCCCCUUCCCCCUACUUUCAGGGCUUACCAGGCACUGGCAGGGAGGGUGAGGGCUGGCUCCAGACACCCCUCCCCCACAGAUUCCUAUCAAUGAAAAUCUAAUAUAUUCUUCUGUUGCUGUUGGGGUUGGUAGUCAGUGCCUGUCGUCAAGUGCCUCCCAGCCUCAGCUCAGCACACUUGCCACAAAUCAGUGUCCCGGGCCUGGCCAUCCUGCCUCUGCCCCACCACGUCCCUUGGUUUUGUAUUUUAUUUACAGAGUUUUACAGAAAAUUAAAAAGCGAAAUGCCUUUCCUA